UUGAGAUAUAUUUUGGAAUCCGCCGAAUUAAGAGUUGAGUCACGGUUUCAGCCCGCCUCUUCUACCGGCUUUCGCCAUCUCUUUCUCAUCGCUGAUAAUGGCGGCUGCUUCUUCCAUCUUCAGAUCGCCCUUCCUUUCCCCUUACCCCCAACUCCACCAUCAACAUUCAUUCAAGUCCCAGUCCCCCACCCAUCACUUUACUCCCAUCAAAGCCACUACCACUUCCGACGACCCAGCCCCCGCCGCGCUUCCUCAAACUCAAAAGACCAAAAACCACCGACGCAACGCCGACGAGAAUAUUCGCGACGAGGCGCGGCGCCUCACCUCCUCCCACAACUUCUCUGCCCGCUACGUCCCCUUCGGCGCCGACCCCAGCUCCGAUGAGUGGUACUCCCUCGACGAGAUCGUUUAUCGCAGCCGCUCCGGUGGCCUCCUCGACGUCCAGCACGACAUGGACGCUCUCAAGAAGUUCGACGGCCAGUACUGGCGCGCGCUCUUCGACUCCCGCGUCGGGAAGACCACGUGGCCUUACGGCUCCGGCGUCUGGUCCAAGAAGGAGUGGGUGUUGCCGGAGAUCGCAAGCGAUGAUAUCGUCAGCGCUUUUGAAGGGAACUCUAAUCUCUUCUGGGCUGAGCGUUUCGGCAAACAGUUUAUGGGCAUGAAUGACCUGUGGGUCAAACACUGCGGGAUUAGCCACACGGGUAGCUUCAAAGAUCUGGGGAUGACUGUUUUGGUGAGCCAGGUGAACAGGCUCCGGAAAAUGCACAAACCGGUGGUGGGCGUGGGCUGUGCUUCAACUGGGGACACAUCCGCCGCUUUAUCAGCUUAUUGUGCUUCUGCCGGGAUACCCUCCAUUGUGUUUCUUCCUGCAAAUAGGAUAUCCCUGGCGCAGUUAGUCCAGCCCAUAGCUAAUGGCGCUUUCGUAUUGAGUAUAGACACUGAUUUCGAUGGGUGUAUGCAAUUGAUUCGCGAAGUCACUGCUGAAUUGCCCAUUUACUUGGCCAAUUCGCUUAAUAGCUUGAGGAUAGAAGGUCAAAAGACUGCUGCAAUUGAGAUAUUGCAGCAAUUUGAUUGGGAAGUUCCAGACUGGGUGAUUGUGCCUGGUGGGAAUUUGGGUAAUAUAUAUGCAUUUUACAAAGGGUUUCACAUGUGCAGAGAGUUAGGGCUGGUUGAUAGGAUUCCUAGGCUUGUUUGUGCUCAAGCUGCCAAUGCCAAUCCUCUUUACUUGCAUUAUAAAUCUGGGUGGAAAGAAUUCAAACCCGUGAAGGCGAAUACCACUUUUGCAUCUGCAAUUCAGAUUGGGGACCCGGUUUCUAUUGACAGAGCGGUUUUCGCUUUGAAGAAUUCGAAUGGGAUUGUUGAGGAGGCGACAGAGGAGGAGUUGAUGGAUGCGAUGGCUCAAGCAGACUCAACGGGGAUGUUUAUAUGCCCUCACACUGGUGUGGCAUUGACUGCACUGAUCAAGCUUAGGAAUAGCGGGGUUAUCAAGCCCACUGAUAGGACUGUGGUGGUUAGUACAGCUCAUGGGCUCAAGUUUACACAAUCGAAGAUUGAUUAUCAUUCACAUGAGAUAAAGGACAUGGCUUGUGGGUAUGCAAAUCCACCUGUGCAGGUCAAGGCAGAUUUUGGUUCUGUCAUGGAUGUUCUCAAGAGGUAUUUACUAAGCAAAAACUCCAAGAAAUAGGUGUUUUGAUUUAAUGUACUGGUUUUUUGGUUGUUGUUUACUUGCCAUAUGUAGAACUGUACUACUCAAAUCUAUCCUUUUUGGGCUAUUUAAGAUUAAUUGAUUAUUCUUCAUUCCUAGGUUCA